GAAGUUGAACAUUAUCAGUGAUCUCAGAUGAAAAUUAAUAAAUUCCAUAUGUUCAUGAAUAUUUUUGUAAAAAUUCAGAGAUAAAAACACAAUAAGCAUAAUACUUUCAAAAAGCAAUUGAAUAAUUACCACCAUGUCUGUCAUAAUCGAGACUACAGUGGGAGAUUUAACUGUUGAUCUAUUUCUUUCUGAAAGACCCAGGGCCUGUCAGAAUUUCUUGAAACUGUGCAAAAUCAAAUAUUACAACUACAAUCUGUUCCACACAAUAAGUAGAGGGUUUAUGGCACAAACAGGUGAUCCUACUGGUUGUAGAAGUGGUGGAGAAUCAAUAUAUGGAGUGUUGGAUGGCACAGAAAAAAGAUACUUUGAAGGUGAAAAUGAGCCAAGAAUAAAACACACCAGAAUGGGUUUGAUAUCCUUUGUAGGCAAUGAAGAAAGGAUGAUUGGUUCACAAUUUUUCAUCACUCUUGGUGAUGAUUUAUCUUACCUUGAUGAAAAGCAUUGUGUAUUUGGGGAAGUAGUUGAGGGCUUUGAUACACUAGAAAUAAUAAAUGAGGCUAUCUGUGAUACUGAUGAUCGACCAUAUCAAGAUGUUCGUAUUACCCACACUGUUAUAUUGGAUGAUCCUUUUCCAGAUCCUGCAAAGUUAUAUGUGCCCUCUAGGUCUCCAUCACCUAGUAGUGAGAGACUCAAAGGUGGGCGAAUAGCUCCAGAUGAGGAUAUAGAUGAGAUGGAAGGUAAAACAAAUAAGGAAAUUGCUGAAAUGCAAGCUGAACGUGAAGCAAAAGCUCGUGCAACAAUUCUUGAAAUGGUUGGGGACUUACCUGAUGCAGAUAUGGCUCCUCCUGAAAAUGUGUUGUUUGUUUGCAAGCUGAAUCCAGUGACAACUGAUGAAGAUUUGGAAAUAAUUUUCAACAGGUUUGGUAAAAUCAAAUCUUGUGAGGUCAUUAGAGAUCGUAAGACUGGUGAUUCACUUCAGUAUGCUUUUAUUGAGUUUGAAGAAGAAAAAUCAUGUGAAGAUGCAUAUUUCAAAAUGGAUAAUAUUCUAAUAGAUGAUCGUAGGAUACAUGUUGAUUUCAGUCAGAGUGUCUCCAAGAUAAAAUGGCAUGGUAAAGGUAGAGGUGUCACCCAUUAUGAUGACAAAGGGAGAAAAAUGAUUCAUGGUAAUAAUGAUAUUGGUAAAGGUAAUUAUAAACCUGUUCACCUGAAGAACAAACCACAAUCAUUUGAACCUAGUUUGUCUCCUAGAAGAAACUCAAGGCAUAUUAGGAGUGAUAAAUCCCCAUCAAAAUCUCCAGUAGCAGAUAGAAGAAACAGGAUCCUAUCAAGAAACAACAACAAUAAUUCAAAACAGAGAAAUGAUGAAUCUCACUAUAAGAGAGACAGAUCUAGAUCUUCUUCAAAACCAAGAAAAUAUGAAUCCAGAGAUUCUAAUAAAAAAAGGAAAACAUCUUGUUCACCUAGAAGAUCAACUGUAUUGAGAAAAAAUAAUAAAAGGGAGUCUAGGUCAAUAUCAAAUUCACCUAAUAGAAGUCAAAAUAGGCUUUCCUAUAGAAAAAAAGAACAAUCUAAAUCACCUAAAAGAAAUAGAUCAUCAUCACAUUCUAGGAAUAAAUCUCCUAGAAACUUUGAUAGAAGACUGAAUGAAUACAGUUCAUCUAGAAGAAAAGAGGAGUCUAAAUCAGUCACAUCAAGAAAAUAUGAUUCCCAUCAGAAUUACAAAAAUAAGAAUAGUUCCCAAUAUUAUUCUAAAAGAAAUAAUAGUAGUUCUCCCUCAUGUGAAAAGAGAGAUAACAAAUAUAGAAUCAAGAAUAAUGAAGUUUCAAAAUCCACUAGGAUGACAAAUGAUGAUUCAGAUAAGUAUUCCAGAGGAAAAACAUACUCAUCAAAAGAGAAGAGAGAAAAUCACUCUUCAACACUUGAUGAGAAGAAUAAAGAACAAAAGGGUAAUAUGGGGUAUGCAAAAAAGAACAGUAAAUCUGCUGAGGUAUCAUACUCAGCUAUAGAUGAGAAAAUACAAGAUAAAAAGACCAACAAAUCUUCAAAAGAGAAAAACAAAAAAUUCUUGAAGAAAAAGAAAGUACCUGAAGAUUCUACUGACAGUGAAAAUGAAACACACUCUAGUGCUGAUGAGAAAUCUCAUAAGGAAAAGAAAAAAACUAAAUAUACCCAUAGUGAGAGCUCAAGUGAAAAUGAUUCAUCUGUAGAGGUAGACCAAAAAAAGAAGAAAAUGAAAAGAGUCCCAGAAAGCACCAGCUCUAGUGAUACUAGUGAGGAGAGUGAAGAUGAAGGGAGAAAUGAAAAAUCUGCCAAGAAAAGGACUGAGAAUAAAUGCAGUACUAGCCAUAGUGAUCGAAAACAAAAGCAGAAAGUGAAAAAAACUAGGAAAUCCAAAAAGGAAACAAGUAGUAGCAGCAGUAGCAGCAGCAGUAGCAGCAGUAGUAGUAGCAGUAGUAGCAGCAGCAGUAGCAGCUGCAGCAGUAGUAGUGAUGAGAGUAUUGAAAUGAAACCCAAGAAAAAGAAAAGGAAAUAACAUUGAUCCAAUGAUUUUAUUAUGAGUUUGUAUUAGGGCUGUGCAAGAAUAUCCAUAUACAUAUAUAUAUAUAUAAAGUACUGAUGUAUUGGUAGAACCCCAUUUCUCCAAUAAAUAUAUUUGAAAAAUAUUAAUACAUAUGGAUAUUGAUACACAGGGAUAUACAGAUAAAAAUCAAGACUAAACCAUACAUUGAUAUGAAGUUUCCAAUAUUCUACUGCCCUAGCUUGUACAUCAUAAUUAAUACAUAAUUUUUAGAUGUAAUAAGUACAUAUUUGAUAAUAAUGGUGAAUGAAUUGUUAAUUUCAUUCCUGUAGAUUAUUUUUAUAUUUUCACUGUGGAAAACAUACACAUAAACUAUAGUAAGUAGG